CAGAAGGCAGCAGUUUUCAUCCUCAUGGUGAUCACAAACAAUUAGCUAGCGAUCUAACCCAGAGCGAAUGAGCAGUUACCGAGGUCUUGAUUAUUCUGUCAGCCUCAUGUGAGAUGCCUGGCAUGUCCUUGUUGUUUCCCUGUCGAAAAUAACAGCCUUGACAGCGUUGCCAUGGAGCCCCUGGCCGUGGAGGACGACAUCUGCAUCCUGAGGCACGAGACGGCGUACUCCACCGCCGAGAGCCCGGUGUCCACGUGCGCCGGGGACGAGUCGGUGGCCUCCCACUUCGCCCUGGUCACCGCCUACGAGGACAUCAAGAAGCGGCUCCGGGACGCAGAGAGGGAGAACACAUUGUUGCGGAAGAGAGUCAAGCAGCUGGAAGACAAGUUGUACAUGCCUGAGGAGCCCACGUCAGAGGGACCCCAGUAUGUGAACAAGGCUUUCAGCGCCUACCGGGGGAUCUACAUAGAGAAGAAAGACCUGCAGAUGGAGCUCAACAAAGUGAGGAGAGAGAAGACUGAGUCAGAGAAGAUCCUGACCGAGCAGCUGCAGGCACGAGAGCUGGAGCUCCUGCAGCUACGGACAGAAGUGGAGACCAAUCAAGUGAUAAAAAGUAUGAGCAAUCUGCAGGACCACUGGGAAGCAGAGAAGGCAAACAGCGAGAUGAAGAUCCGUUCUUUGCAAGAGGAGCUGGAUAAAGUGAAGAAGCUAUACAGCCAGCUGCAGGAGAGGUGCAAGGAUGAACCUGACAAAUAUGUGACCGGCUGCAGUCAGAAGCAGGAAGCUGAACCCAGCACUGGGGAUGCUGCUCUCCUGCAGUCCUACAGGGAGCUGCAAAGAGAUAUGUCCCGGUUACACGAGGUGGCCAAGCUACAGGCCGACCUGGUGAUGAAGCUGAGAGACAGACCGCUUGGUGCAAACAGGCGAGCCGCCUCAACCAUACCUGUGCAGUGCCUGGACGAUGUGGAGAGAAACAGCCGAACAGUGAAAGUGACAGCGCCCCGCCCCCCUAGCGCCCCCCCGGUCCCCUCCAGCAUGGGCCGUCCCUGCCCCCCUGCUGGCCCCCCUAUGCUGGAGGAUCUGAGGGAGGACUCCUGGCGGGGGCCCUGGACCAGCCCCCGACCGCCCCCUGUGGGCAGCCCCGCCGGCCCUCUGCCACCCCCUCUGAGCGGUCUGUCCCUGGAGGACAGCUCCUGGUCCUUCCCCAGCCCCCCCAAACCAAGUGAUGCCAUGUUCUGGGAGAGCCCACGCGUCACAGCGCCCUCUGCUGGAGGCCCAAAGAGCCCUGACGGAGACUGGCUCCAUCCAUACUGAGGCGGGCAGCCGAACAACUGAGGCGCCCGACAUUCACCCUGCCUUAAAGUCACCCCCCUACUGGAGCCUGGCUGGCGCUCCCGAGGGACAGAAAGCGCAUGGCGAUGGGACAGGAGACCCUUUGAACCGCCACUAUUUAAAGACCGACGGGAGAAGCGUGCGCCCAGCGACAGGCAAAUGUGUAGCAGUCAAAAGCCAAGUCGUUUCCGUGAUGCGGGUUAAGAGUUGUGAACAGGCUAAAAUUGUAAGAGGAAAGGUGAAAGCUCUUAUCCUUCAUUAUUGAGGGAAGCCAAAAUCUUUUGUGUGGUUGCUGUUUUUCUUCCUCCAUCUGCCCCCCCCUGUGAUGGCCAUCCCUUUUUCACUUCGCAUGUCCCCUAGAAUACCACUUAAUGGAUUACUGUUGUUCGGUUGGCCAGUAUAAUUGUGUGGAAGAGAAAUGCUGCGCUCGGAUGCAUGGCUGGGAUAUGCAAGUUGCUGUGAUGAGUGUCACAUGCAGACAGUGGAGACGUUGACCAGACCAGGUGUGAAGUGGAGAAGGAUGGUGAUGGAGAGGGUUUGUGUGUGUGUGUGUGUGUGUGUGUGUGUGUGUGUGUGUGUGUGUUUGUGUGCGUGCGUGCGUGUGUGUAUUUGUCCUCUGGUGCAGCAGGUCUUGGUAAACUGCCUGAAAGUGGCCCUGUCCCCUGUGACGCUCUCAGUGGCUCUCCAGCAUUCAAGCAGUGCCGCCCCUUCCACCCACAGCACCUCUACUCCAAUACACACUCCAGUACCAGGCCGGCGAUCACAGACACAGGUCACAACCUUUCCCCUUUGACCCUAGUGAUCAACGCACUUCCUGUACUGCAGGGAGGUAUGGCACACUCCAACAUGGCCGCACGCAUGGAGCAUUAUCCGUAACGAUGUUAGCCAUCCUCCUCGCUUGGGUAGAAGCGGCGCAGACAGGAGGUCGCAACGUUUCGGGCUCUGCGACUCAAGGGCUUCGGAGCCACAGGUCCCAGCAGGAUGGAAGGGUGGUAUUUUAAAUCUGUGAGAUUUGUAAACUGCUACUCCAGGCUAGAUAUAAAACAAGCCUGCUCACAAGUUAGCGAAGAAACACCAGAGAAUAAGUGUUUAACGUGAAUACACAUGCUUCAAAUCCCACUCUUCCCCUUGUAGCUGGCUCUUUGUUGGCUGCUUGCUGGCUGUGUUCUGCCUCUUUGCUGGCUUUUGGGAAGCCUGGAGAGAGCAAUAAACAGUCAUGUAUACAUGUUCUUUUUUUUCUUGGUAGACAGGAUAUUAAUAAGGAAACAAAAUGCAUUUAUGACAUGUCCAUGUGAAUGUGUAGCGAAGCACCUCCAGUUUUACACAAGUGAAGUCAAGCAUCCUAAUUAUGUACAAAGUCAUGUGUGUACCAGUAGUUUCAAGGAAUGCAAAACCUGUGAUGGAGAGCGACCAGUAAAGUCAAUGCCAUAUUCCACAAUGGUUCCGAGGUCUCUGGCCCUCCAUGCAGUUCAGUUCAUUUACAGUUACUCAGUAUCUAGAGGACCCAAGUCUCCCAGGACCUGGUGUCUGUCCGUAUGAGGACAGAGCCGUCUCAGAGGAAAGGCAUUUCAAAUGAUCUCUUUAUAGCAUAGCUGUCAUUUGUACUGUAAAGACCUCCUUCAUCAAAACAGGGAUUCGUGUGUAUAGUUGUUGCCAUGGUGUGGAUACCGUCACUGUCAAAAUCGAUGUACACAAUGAUGUCCUGGACACGACACGCUAAGUGGAGCCAACACUGGCAGCAUGCAUAAAACGUACACUCAGUGUUGCAUCCAUGCAUUAUCUAGAGAGGAAUAAUCACAAACUCAAGCAAAGCUUACCAACUGCUGUGUUCUUCAGUGAUGAGCAUGACAGACUUUAACUGUGUUCCCUUAUGGAGAAGACUGGUGUUGGUAGACGCGUGGUGAGAGAUUCACGAAUUCAGCCCAAGGUGCCAUGUCUUAGCAUACCUGAACUGUACAGUCCUUUAAUCAGAGUGCCCUCAAGACAUAAUCCUUCUUAUCACCUGUGCAGACCCCUUCUGGUUAUUCUGGGAUGGAAUACAGUUUGCAUCAAUGACACUUCUGGGUUUAUUUUUUGGUAGCUAUUGUAAAAUAUAGAUCCUUAAUCACUGGCAGUUUAUUGUUUAAGAUUCUAAAUAGGACUGUAGCACUGCUUGCUUAAAGACAACUUUAGGGUUACUUUGUUAUGUAAAUCAGAAAUUAGUUGUUUUCUGAAACCAGUAUUUUAAAAUAACUCGGUGUCUGGUCAGGUGCGCAUGGCCCUUACGAGGCUGACUGUGGUGGUUAGUGCAUCCAAGCGAUUACCUUCCCUCACUGUUUUUCAGACUAGAGACAUCCAUGUAUCUGUAUGCCUUUUGCAAGCCUCUUCUUCUGCCAGUCGUUCAGCCGUGGAUAGGAACAAGGGUGUUUUUCCCAAUUUUGUGUAACUCCCCCCCUCCCCCCCUCCAAUUUGAUUUGGGUGGAUAUUAAGCUCUAAGGGAGUUUUUUUUUUCUUUUUUUUUUUCUUCAGUUAUGUGCAAUUCUGUUUUGUGUG